CUCCCGCGCUAGAGAGAAACAUGUAUCGUUUCCGAUCACAGCUCUUCACGGGGAUUUCUGCUGUCGCCGCUGCCCACUUGUGCCCCCGCCGCUUCUCGCCUCUGUUGUUAGCCGAAGACUCGCCUCUCAGCCGCCCGCCGCACAGACGCACGAGUAGAAAGUGCAGCUCAAUCGGCUGAUCCUCGCUGAGCUCCCACCUUAGGCGGCACCGGGCGUCCCACGAUGCCGAAGAAUAAGAAGCGGAACGCUCCCCACCGCGGUGGCAGUGGUGGCGGCUGCGGCUCAGGGGCAGCCGCGGCGACGGCAACGGCGGCGACGGCAGGUGGCCAGCAUCGAAGUAUUCAACCUUUUAGUGAUGAAGAUGCAUCGAUUGAAACCAUGAGCCAUUGCAGCGGUUACAGUGACCCUUCCAGUUUUGCUGAAGAUGGACCAGAAGUCCUUGAUGAAGAAGGAACCCAAGAAGACUUAGAGUACAAGUUGAGGGGAUUAAUUGACCUAGCCUUGGACAAGAGUGCGAAGACAAGGCAGGCAGCUCUUGAAGGCAUUAAAAAUGCACUGGCUUCGAAAAUGCUCUAUGAAUUUAUUCUGGAAAGAAGAAUGACGUUAACUGAUACCAUUGAACGCUGUCUGAAAAAAGGAAAGAGCGACGAGCAGCGCGCAGCCGCAGUGUUGGCCUCUGUGCUGUGUGUUCAGCUGGGCCCUGGAAUUGAGAGUGAAGAGAUUUUAAAGACUCUUGGGCCAAUCCUAAAGAAAAUAAUUUGUGAUGGAACAGCUGGUAUCCAGGCUAGGCAAACAUGUGCAACUUGCUUUGGUGUCUGCUCUUUUAUUGCCACAGAUGACAUUACUGAGCUGUAUUCGACUCUAGAUUGUUUGGAAAAUAUCUUCACCAAGUCCUGUCUCAAAGAGAAAGACACUAAUGGUGUUUGUAGCACCCCUUACACAGCACUCCACAUCAGCUCGCUUCUCUCGUGGACAUUAUUGCUGACCAUAUGCCCAAUCAGCGAAGGGAAGAAAAGGCUGGAGAUGCAUUUCCAUAAACUUCCAAGCCUCCUUUCUUGUGAUGAUGUAAACAUGAGAAUAGCUGCUGGUGAAUCUUUGGCACUUCUGUUUGAAUUGGCCAGAGAGAUGGAGAGUGACUUCUUUUAUGAAGACAUAGAAUCUUUGACCCAGAUGCUGAGGGCUUUGGCUACAGAUGGAAAUAAACACCGGGCCAAAGUGGACAAGAGAAAGCAGCGGUCCGUGUUCAGAGAUGUCCUGCGGGCGGUCGAGGAACAGGAUUUUCCAACAGAAACUGUUAAAUUUGGUCCUGAACGCAUGUAUAUUGAUACUUGGGUCAAAAAACACACCUAUGACACCUUUAAAGAGAUUCUCGGAUCAGGGAUGCAGUACCACUUGCAGUCAAAUGAAUUCCUUCGCAAUGUAUUUGAACUUGGACCCCCAGUGAUGCUGGAUGCUGCAAUGCUUAAAACGAUGAAGAUUUCUCGUUUUGAAAGGCAUUUAUAUAAUUCUGCGGCUUUCAAAGCACGGACAAAAGCUCGAAGCAAAUGUCGGGAUAAGAGAGCAGAUGUUGGAGAAUUCUUCUAGAUUUUUUUGUACUUGAUGACAGUUUUCUAAUUUCUUUUCCUAUUUUUAAUGUAUAUAAGCCUUAGAAACCAUUUUUAUCUUGGGUCAAGUUAUAUCAUUUUUGUAGUAGGGCUGGAUUAUAUAUUCUAACUUAAUGUACAGUAUUGUAAAUGACAUGACAUUCUGAUUGUUGAAUAUUCUCUAAAUACAAUCAGUAAUCAUGAAUAAAGUAUAAUAUUUGGUCAUGUUCUAUUUAAGAAGAGAGCAAAGAAGAUGGUAUUUGACUAGAUUUCAUGUUGAAAAGGGUUUGAUUUCUUAUACUGUGCUUGUCAAAAUAUCAGCAAUUUUAAUGAUAUACAUACAAGAUAAUUAAGUUAAUAUCUUAAAUUUGAAUUCUGGAUACAAUUUUUAGAAGUUAGUUCCUGGGAAAAAGCUGCUGUAUUUUACAUUUUAAAUGGAAUGUAGCUAUUUGAAUUUUGUCACUAGGAUGCACAAAGGAACUAUACACUAGAGUUUGCAAGAGCUACACUUAACGGCCAUUUGUUCAUUGCCACUGCUGGGGGUUCACAGUGAGUUACCCGGAAAGGCUGCGGAUCUGAACCUCCCAGGGCAGGGACACUCACUCUAUCUGCUGUGUGAGACCUUGUUCUUAUCACUUGGAAAUAAAGAUCUUUUCACACUGAAA